UUAUCGCAAACAAUUAUUUAUUACCUUAUCAAAUCAAAUAGUUAUGAUGAUUAAUCACAUAAAAACCCCAAAUGCGAACCUUAUUUGUACAAUAUGAAUUCGAAAUAGCGCUAGCUGAGCAGCGGAAACUGACAUUGGUUUCCUGGUAUUGUUUUUUUUAAUUGUGCGGUCCAAACAAUGGUGGAACCGGAGAAGCCGUUUGCUUGCGUGAUGCAGGGCUGCGGUAUGACGUUCACUAACGAGGAUCAUCUGCACGUGCACACUAAAAAGCACGAUAUGGUUCUUCAACUGGGUAUGGAGCAGAAAGCAGCGUUUGUAGCGGACCAGACACCCACACCAACCCGCUUCAUCCGCAAUUGCGAGGAGGUGGGGCUCUUCCAGGACCUGCAGAAUGUCAACCCGUUUGAUGAAGGCUUCAAGCAGGCCAUGGAGACUAAAGCUGGCAGGUUAUCCCUGGAAGGCUCAGAGGUGGACACCCUCCACACCCCGCACACCCUGCACACCCCCCAAAUGUUUCCCCUGGACGGAGACGCUCUUUACACCACCAACAACCAGAGGAAUAUCACUAUAAGCAGAUCAUCCAGUGACGAAUCAGGCGCCGUUAAAGAAUACGAAACAACAACAAUUUCCAAACUCACCAAUGAGGUGACCACAAUCAGUAGGAUCGUCGGAAAGCAGGAUAUAGUCGAUAAGGUAACUACCACCGACGACGUUGCUAUAGUUAGACACGAAGAUGUGAAUAAAGAAAUCAAUGAAACAGUCUCAUACACUAAUAAUGUCAUCAAAAUACACAGCAAUGUAGAAAUAAGAAAAGAUGGCGUCAUUGAAUCCAAAAAUAUACCAAGAACUUUAAUAUACACAGAUUCAGUCAUAAAAGAUGCACAGGUCACUAAAGAUGUUUUGUUAACUGAUAAACCUGAGAAAGCUCCGCCUAUAAUGAGUCAGAAAUCGCUAGAUUUCGUUGUUGAUAGUUUAGAAGAACAUAACGAUAAAGAGGACAGACAAAUUAUCAAAAUGCUUAAAAGGAAUUAUCAAAACGCUUUAAAUAAAGAUAAAAAUGACUUGGAUGAUUUUGAAAUUAUAAUUAGAAAGCCUGAUGGUAGACAAGUUAGGAUGAAGCCUGUUGAAGAUGAUAAGAGUAAAAUACAGAAUGAAACUAAGGAGAAACUAAAAAGAGUUUUAUCUGAUAAAGCAGAGAAGAAAACUAGUGAAACUAAAAUAGAUACACCUGUAGUGCAAAAUAUACUUCCAAUAUCUACACUACCUGGGACCCUAGUGCCAGUUACAAUAGUAAACCCUAAUACAAUAUUAAUAACAAAUAAUUUACAAAAAAUACCAAUAGUACCUUUGAAUAUGAACAAAGUGAGUGGUAGUUUUAAGAAAACGGUGAAAAGAAGGAAUAGUAAAGUGGAGAAGGAUUGUGCGGUGGAUGGAAAAGAGGAAGCGGAGAAGAAGAAGAUGCUCGAGCCUAGGACAGCUGCUUCUAGAAGAUACAGACAAAAACAGAAAGUGCUAAUGAACUGGCAGGCAGAGGAGAACCGCCUCCUGAAAGAAACGAACCACAAGCUGGUCGCAGAGAACGCUGCCCUGAAACUGCUGAUCACCGAGCAUCUGAAGAAGUGCUCUAACCCCGGGGACCUGAAAUUAUCACAAGCAGAGCAUCACACGAAUAGAUGAUAGAAUCAUCAGGAAAUCAUUAUAUAAGUUAUGGUGAACAUAUUGUACAAGUAAUGUUAUUACAAUGUGAACCUUGACUUAUAGAAAAUAAGGUUCAUAUUUAUAUCGUGUUUAAGACAGAGCU